CAGGAAACCUCCCUGAAACCUAACACUCAGCCCUCCCAGAAGGAACUUCGCAGGCUGGCCCACCAAGACCAUCACUAUGACUGAUGGGGACUAUGAUUAUCUGAUCAAACUCCUGGCCCUUGGAGAUUCAGGGGUGGGGAAGACGACCUUUCUUUAUAGAUAUACGGACAAUAAAUUCAAUCCCAAAUUCAUCACUACAGUAGGAAUAGACUUUCGGGAAAAACGUGUGGUUUAUAAUACACAAGGACAAAAUGAAUCUUCAGGGAAAGCGUUUAAGGUGCAUCUUCAGCUUUGGGACACUGCAGGACAAGAGCGGUUCCGGAGCCUCACCACCGCAUUUUUCAGAGAUGCCAUGGGCUUCUUGUUAAUGUUUGACCUCACCAGUCAGCAGAGCUUCUUAAACAUCAGAAGCUGGAUGAGCCAACUGCAAGCAAAUGCUUAUUGUGAAAAUCCAGAUAUAGUAUUAAUUGGCAACAAGGCAGACCUUCUAGAUCAGAGGGAAGUCAAUGAACGGCAAGCCCGAGAUCUGGCUGAUAAAUACAGCAUACCGUAUUUUGAAACAAGUGCAGCGACUGGACAGAAUGUGGAGAAAGCUGUAGAAACCCUUCUGGACUUAAUAAUGAAGCGAAUGGAACAGUGCAUAGAGAAGACACAAGUCCCCGACGCUGUCAAUGGUGGAAAUUCUGGAAAGCUAGAUGGGGAAAAGCCAGCAGAGAAGAAAUGUGCCUGCUAGACUCUACAUGGGAACUGAUAAUCAAGAACCCUACUCAAAUGUUCCUUCCAAACACUAUGACAAACCACAAAAUUGUUGUUGUGUAGACCAUGCACAAUUGCAUGUCCAUUUU